AUGCCCGACCUGCAUAAUCUUCCCACGAAUUGGCAUCCGAACCAUGCUCUGCGAAAUAAUGGACCAAGCAAUUUUGCUCUAGAGCGCUUCAAACUUCGCGAGCUUGCGGAAGGCUGGCCGAUGUGCAGAGAUUACUGCGAGUGGGAGAACCUGGCUUCGCUGUUCGCGCCCGAAGCCAUCAUUUACACCUCGUGGACAGGCAAAAAGCACUACCAAGACUUCAUCGAGAUGUCCAUGGCUGCGACCGACGAUGGUGCCUUUAUCAUGCAUCGCUGUCUGGGCGCGAGUACUGAUAUUGACCCUGCUGGGACGCGAGCCGUGACCAAGAUGAAGGCCAUCAUCACGCAGCGCUUUGUUGUUGGACGGUUGUGA